AUGGAGAAUUACAAAAAUAGAUGCACGGAGGUGAGAGGACUGAGACAGGCUGAUUUAUCAGGUGAACUCCAAAAGCAUGAUGUGGAGGAGGAAGGCCAUACAAUUACAACUCAUCAGCACAAUGUGGUUCUGCACAGGCAAGUGCCUGUGACAACCCUUGGCAGUUUUUCAACUGGGAUAACCAGUGAUUUGUUAAAAGGAAAUUACACCAUUCCCCCAAUUAGUACCUAG